AUGCCCACUGGGGUUGAUGUUCGGGCCCUUCCCCCCACCCACCUUCACCUCCGCUCCCCUUCUCCCCUUCAACCCCCCUUCACCUCCCCACCCCUUCUCUCCUUCUCCCCUUCAACCCCCCUUCACCCGCACAACGAUUCUGAAUGCCGCCUGAUACACAGAGAGCCCACCCAACCGCCUUUCUUCUCCUCCCCCUUGCCUCUCCCCACCUUCCUUGCCCCUUCCCCCCCGCUUCCCCCUCUCUCCGCCCAACCCCCCCCUCCCCUCCCCUCCCCCCACCAGCACUACGAUCUGAACGGCCGUCUGCUGCACAGAGUGCCCACCCGCCUCUCUGCUACAGCCUCUGGGCGGGGAGAGAACAGCUCCCUGCUACAGACGUUGAGUGUGAAGCAAGCGUGCACAAGUGGGGAGGAGGUGGGAGGGGAGGAAUGGGUGGAAAUCAAACUAGAGGAGGUCGCCUGGUUCCCAGACUACAGGGCAUACGCGUUGAGCCACCAAACCGCAGAGGACUUAGUGAGGGCGCUGGCAGUGGGGGUGGUGGGAGCAGAGGCAGCAGAUGCCGACGAAGCAGCAGAGGUCAUCCGAGGGGUGAAGCUGCCGUCCCGCCGCCCGGCUCUCGUCAGCGAAACCUGCCUCUUCCUCUCCGAACCAGUUUCCGAAGCAGGUUCCGAACCAGGUUCCGAGCCUCCUGCCGAAGCAAGCUCAGAAGAAGAUGUAACUUGGGGAAAUCGGAGGGUGCGCACAUUCCAUGUGCUGGACUCCAAGGGAAUGAUCGACACCCUGGGAGUGUUUGUGGAGGAGAGGGAGGGAGCGGGUGAGGAUGGUUCAGGGGCAACGACAGCCCAUGCGAGAGAGUUAUUGGAGGCGCAACCAGACCCCACCAACGCCCCGAUCCCCCACUCCCGCCUUUCACUACUGCUGGGCGAGUGGGACGGCACCUCCACCACCCACCGAUCGGCCAUCUAUGGGGAAACCGUCACCCACUCCACCUCCAACUUCUUCCUCACUCGCUUCAGCGACAGCAGCCUGGGCCUGGAGGAGACACGGGGUGACCUCUGCUUCAGGCGGCGAGGUGCCGUUUCCAACCACACAGAGGCAGCUCCCAAAGCUGAGGCCACCUCUACCGAAGCUGCAGCCUCGGAAGAUCAGGCUGGGCAGGAGCAGCGGGACGGGGGCGGGCGCGUUGUGCUAGACGGAGGGCAGCAGAUCACCCUCCUUCCCGGCGGUCUCGCUCUCUCCGCCCCCUGCUGUGUGCCCCGCGGCCGAGCUUUCUUCUUUGAAACCAUCCUGGCGGAACCAGAGGAGGGAGAGGGGGCAGGGGCUGGGGUGGAGAGGCAAGGAGGCGAGGGGGUGGGGGUUGGGUUGGCUGGAGCAGAGGGGUGGUGGCGGCGGCGAGUGGUUCGGACGUACGAUCCGGAUGGGUUGGUUGUUUCCAGCUCAGUGUUCGCUGAGAGGAAGCUGGGAUGA